AGGUUUCCAAAAUCCAUCAUGCUCAACUCUCUAAGCUUUCCCUAUAUAAACCUGCGUCUCAUAGUUAUUACUUCAAAAACUACUACUCAAAGUUCCAUAAGAAUUGAGAAGUUAGCUGACUUUAGCAUCUAAACAAUGAAGAAGGAAGAACCGACGACGAAGAAGACAGAAGCCAAAGAAGCAGGGGCAACAAUAACCGUAAAGUAUGAAGACAUCCAAAAGAAGAGAAAACGAAGAGUAGCAAUCUACGUUACUGUCGCUGUGUUUGUACUAGUCGUUCUUGUAUCGCUCAUCUUCAUCUUGACCAAAGUGCGUGUCCCACGGUUCAUGCUUGACGAUGUCUCCCUUGAUCCCAUCUCAAGAUCAAAAGUACUGGUGAAACUCUCAUCGACCAACCCAAGCUCCUCGAGGCUUUACUACAGCGAGAUGAGCCUACACGUGCGGAUAGAAGAAUUUUUCGAGACAGAGAGGGUUUACUUGCAGAGCACGCUACAAGAGCCACAUGAACGUACGACGUGGACAGGUGUCGUAGCAAGAAAUAAUGUAAACGACAAGCCUGGCGGUACUUUUCAGAUGAGUGAAGGUGAGGAAAACGGCGAUGUUAUUGUAGAGGUAAAGAUCCAAAAGAAGAGUUCGAUGUUUCACCCGAAGAGGACAUUGCGCGUUACGUGUCCGGUUUUGCUCAGCUUGAAAGACUUGACCGCAGGAGUUUCCAGACCUAUGCGUACUUGUCAAGUCAGUUAGCUCCUUGUCUUCAUAUGUCGAAGGUUCUUUUACCGUUUUAGUUUUUAGUACUACAAAAGUUUAUAAAGAUGAAUUUUGUAGCAUAAUAAUUCGAGGAAACAGUUAUUAGAAGCUAUAUUUUUUUAUAA